CAGAGAGCAUGAGAGAGGCCAGACAGUCCUUUUAUAGCAAGGUAGUUAAGCAGAGCCUAGAAGGGAUGUUAGCAUGCUAACAGUAACCAAAUCACAGUAGAGGUGAGAAGUUUAUGACAUAGAUGCUCAUGGAUGUUUGGACCAGAAGCCCCUUUCUUCCUUCCUCCUGGGCUGCAGAAGUGACAGAAAAACAUUUCUUGUUACUGCAACUACCUGGAUGGGGCACAGAGCAGGGGAGGGGCUACAGAAAUCUGUCUGCAGGCCCCAUGUCCCAUCUGCUGCUAGUCCUCCUUGUGACGCAGUGCACAGGGCUUGGCCUUCUGGGCUCUGCUCACCUCUGGGCUACCUCAGGCCUGCCCUACACUGACCAGUAAUUACUGCCGGUAAGUUGGAAGAGCGUUGACUUACUAGAGUCUACUGACUUGGUUCCUCCCUGUAGGCAUUGAAGAUUGGCGCCCACUGGGGUCAGAUGAGCCAGGUGUGACAAGAGAGUGUGAUUUUUUUGACCCUGCUCUAGAGAAGCCAGUCACUGAGUGUGGCACACUCUAGCCAUGGACACCCUAAAAUCCAAGACCAAAACGAGGGUCCUUCCCUCGUGGAUGGCAACCCCUGUGAGUGAGAGAAAGGUUCUAUCUGUGAAGACAGCCACAAGGAAGCAGACAGCGGCCCAGCGGCGAGCGAGGGCAGCAACAAGAGCCCCAGCCGCGGAGACCGUGUACUGCAUGAAUGAAGCUGAAAUGGUAGACGUGGCCCUGGGGAUCCUGAUUGAGGUAACAUCCGCCCUGUCUCCUCUGCCUCCUAUGGCUGGCGAUCCCUCCUGGGUAGGAACUAGCACAGGAAACAAGCUGCUUGGCCACAAACAGGAAAAGCCCUGGGAACAGCCGUCUCUGGAGGCCACUGAUAAGCUGCAGCUCUCCCCUCCCUGUUCCCUGUCCCCUCACACCAGCUCCCCCGGGAGCAGCAGUGAGGAAGAAGACAGCAGGAUCAGCUCGCCUGCUCCAGGCCUCAGCCCUCCCCAGGGACCGGAACCUUCUGCCUCUCCCUGUAGCAGAAGCCCGGAGGAGGAGGAGGAAGAGGAGGAGGAAGACGCGCUGAAGUACGUCAGGGAGAUAUUUUUCAGUUAAUAUGAAUUGUUCACUGCUUCGGCUGAGAGCUUCGGGCACUGCCCACCCCUCCUGGCCCCUGCCACCCACGAAAACCAGGCUUUGUUCCCAACUUCCAGUCCCAGGAGGCUGUCAGUUUGGGUGGGACUUUUUCUGUCGCAGGAUGCAGAAAUGCAUCCUGUUACAGACUUACCCUGCUCCACCCUCAGGCUCUGAGGGUUGGCAAUCGCAGCCCUGAGUUUCAUUCACAGCAAAAGUGAGGUCUUGGGCCUACUUGCUAGAUGCAAAGAAAAAUAGAGCUGCUGAGAACAUGGGAAUUCUAGACGGGCAGCCAGAUCUCGUCUUAAAGAGACCUAUGGACAGUCUCCCUUAUGACGCAGUCCAGCAGUAAGCUUCCACCCUUCCAAACAGGCUGGCAGCUGCCCACAGGAGCUGUCUAGGAGCAGGAGGCUCUAUCAGGCUGGUGAGCCACACAGACCCUGUCUACCAUGGGUCACCUUUCUUCCUCCUGGGGUCUCCACCUCAGUCCCUGAAAGGGAGAGUGGGACAUGAGACCCUGAGGACAAAAGAUCACACCAGAGUCCAGAGUCUUUAUACUCACUUUGGCUUCUGAUGAGCACAGAAUGAAGAACUCGUUGGCACGUAGGUUUUCUGAUACAUAGACACUGAACAAAAUAUAUAAGGAUGCCACAAUGCAUA